CAUUUCUGAAUUACAUCCUUUUGGGAUGUAGCUGGAGCAAGAUGAGUCAAACUGUCAUAAUUAAUUGGUGCAUGUAAUAUUUUGGCUUUUCAAGAAUCGUCACGGAUUAGAGAAAAAUGAAUUGAAGAUGUUGGGCGUUCAAUGAUUGGAUCUGGCUUAGCGUGAUCCUUCUGUGAUCUCCUUGUGUCUGUCAGCCUCAACGCAACCUCAACCGUGAACAUCAUGCUCUGACAAAUACAGAAAAUGUCACGAACAACAAGAUCAACCGCCAAAAGACUAACCCGUCUCCAACCCCCACCUCAAACACCUACACCCUCCCCUGCAACCACCCCAGAAACCAAACUCUUCCCAACCCCGUCCUCAUUCGAAUCCUACCUCUCCCAAAACCACUCCACCAACCAAACCGGCCUCUGGCUCAAAAUCGCAAAAAAGAACGCCCCCAUCCCCUCAAUAACAUACGACCAAGCCCUCGACACAGCCCUCUGCUACGGCUGGAUCGACGGCCAGCGCAAAUCCCUCGACGCCACGUAUUUCAUACAGCGCUUCACGCCCCGUCGGAAGAAAAGUCUCUGGUCCCAGCGUAAUGUUGACAAAGUCGCGGUUUUGAUAGCCGCGGGUCGCAUGAAACCUGCGGGGCAGGCGGAGGUUGAUGCCGCGAGGGAGGAUGGGCGCUGGGAGAGGGCGUAUUCAUCGUCGAGUAAUGUAACUGUGCCAGAGGAUUUUGAAAAUGCGAUAGAGGGGAAUGAAGCGGCGGGGGAGUUUUGGACGGGGUUGGGUAAGACGAAGAGAUAUAGUUUUUUAUGGAGGUUGGAAACGGCGAAGAGGCCGGAGACGAGGAGGAAGAGGAUAGAGCAGUUUGUUGAGCUGCUCGCUGCUGGGAAGACUGUUUGAUCCAUCGCUGGGAUUGUUUCUCUAUUAUUAAAAAUUUACGGAUACUCAAACAUGAGAGAAUGGUAUGGAAUUAAUAGUCAUCUUCAUCAUAGCCAUCCUCACCUUCUCCAUCUGACUCAUCCGCCAUGCC